GAGAGAGAGAGAGCGACAGAGAGGAGAGAGAGACAGACAGAGAGAGAGAGAGAGACAGAGAGAGAGACAGAGACAGACACAUGGAUCAGCAACCGGAAGUGCUUCCCACUAUCUGCAGCUCCUCACUGGAUUUUCCUCUUUUCCUUCACCUUCUCCUUUUUUGAGCACGUUUGUUUUCCAGAGAGGAGCAGCUGCUCCGUCCGUGAGUCUCACUGUCCGGUGAAGCGGCGGAGCUGUCAGUCAGUCGGUCGGUCAGUCGGGCUGCAGGAGCUGCUGGAGCUGCUGGACAGAGUCAGUAAAACACUGUCCACUCCGUUUGGCCUGAGCUGCUGUGCGCCCGCGUGGGCAGCAGGGCUGCAGGGGUGUGAGAUGUUCUGCUCACCUGCAUGGCCUUCCUCUCCAUGAUGGACUGCUCGGUGUGAAAUGGAUCCUCAGCGCAGGAGGAAACUCACUUUCUCCACCAUCGGGCUCGUUUUCUUACUGAGUGGCGUUGAAUACGCGGUGAUUCUGCCCACUAUAUGGCGCUAUCUGCAGACUCUGGGAGCCCCGCCGUAUUUCCUGGGCCUCAGCCUGUCCGCCUUCAGCUUCAGCGGCCUGCUCUGUGGACCUCUGUUCGGCCUCAUCUCCGACAGGACGCGCACCACCAAAAAGAUCAUACUGUUCGCCAACUGCUUCGAAAUAGUCGGUAAUUUCAUGUAUUUUUUAGGAUAUUCUAAAUGGCUUUUGCUGAGCAGUCGUUUGGUUGCAGGCAUUGGGAUCGGCGCUGGCUCGUCCAUCUUCGGUUUCCUGACCAGAAACACGGCCCCUGAGGAUCGCUCCACCAUAUUCGCUGUUGUCAUGGCCUGCCGCCAAGCUGGACUGUUGAUCGGUCCUGCCUUUAACAUCUUUCUCAGACUCUGUGACUUCCAGCUCGGACCGCUUGUGGUCAACAAGUACACAGCGCCCGGGAUCUUUAUGUGCUUGCUGUGGCUGCUCCUGCAACUGGUGGUCCUGCUGAUGUUCUGGGACGUCCCAUCACAGCCCAGCAGGGGGCCAGCAAAAGAGGAAGACGAAGAAGAGGAAGAGGAUGAAGGCCGUCCACUGGUCCAGCCCCAUGACCUCACUGGCUCAUAUGGCACGCUCUCCACUCCUCCACCCAGAGUGCAGCCUGUUACUAAUGGCAACUUGCCCCAAAACUCGCCGCCCCCCUCACCCCCACUGGAACAAGGCCAGUCCAGCCCAUUCCGACGUUUCAGCGUACGCCGCGAGUUCCUCAGGGAGGAGGUGGUGGUGCUGCUUACAGCGCAGUUCAUUACACUGUUCAACCAGACGGCACUAGAGACGAUGGUGACUCCGCUGACUCAGAAGUACUUUAACUUCGGAGAGCUGGAGAACAGCGUAAUGUACUGUGUCUGUGGAGUGGAGGUGAUCGCGGGCUUCGUGCUUGUGCGCUGGCUGAGCCGCAGAGUGGCCGAGAGGGUGGUGCUGGCCGUCGGUUUGAUCCUCUGCAACAUCUCCUGCGUGUGGUGCCUCAUCUUCCUCGCAAACCCUCAGGGUGGAUUCCCGUGGCAAUUAGCAGAGUUCAUCAUUGGGGUGUUCCUCCAGGUUUUGGGUCUGCCGUUUGUAGCUGUGGCCCAAGUGUCCCUCUUCUCCAAAAUCACAGCGGAGAAGACCCAGGGUUUCAGUCACGGCGUUCGACGGUCUGUCGGCGGCUUGGCCACCAUCCUUGGUCCACUCUGGGCAGGAGGUUUGACCUCUAGCCUGUACGUCAUGCUCGGGGUGAUGAUGGCUCUGCUGGCACUGCUGACUAUUAUGAUGGCCUUCUCCUACGAGCGGCUGGUGGAGCGCCCCACGGUGGAACACGCAGGCGACUCGGAGGAAUGAGAUGCAUGGACACAGACUCUGCUGUCGUCCGUGAGCUGCUGAUGAAGAGCGCGGCGGUAAAAACGCCUCACACACUUGGAGAAGCUGAUGUUUUGUGAAAUGAGUGCACAUUUCUGCUUUAUUUCAUGUGGAAAUUUUAGUAGAAGCGAUUUUUGCUGAACGAAGCUCACAGGCUGGACCGUCCACUCUGCAGCACGACACAAGCCUCCUGUUAUUAACGUGAUCUAAACAAACGGAGUCUGAGGUGGACGCUGAAACGUCCUGAGCUGAGCUGGUGUCUGAUGAUGGUUUGAUUUCUAGCUUUAUUUUUGGUGUUUUCAGUUUUAUUCGCUGUGCAGGGGGUAAUGGGAAUAUCUGCUGAGCACUGUAAGUUAUUUAAAAUGUGAUCAUACUAACCAUAAAUACUAACGCCACUGCUGCAGUGUGUAUGCAAAGAUAACACCUUUCACCAAAAUGAUAUCUGUGUAGUUUCAUCAAUAACAGUAAACUGUGCCGGCUCUAGAGGGCGCUGCUGUACUGCAUGUAAAAGUAUGGGCUUACUGUAGAAUCAGGUAUAAACAGUUAUUAUUUAUAAAAUUAUCUAAGCAUUUAAAUAACAAGACCUC